CUGGUAGGAAGUUUAACCACUUCAUUUCUUAAAUUCUUCUGCUCGGUCUAAUUCCCCACACAAACACUCAGCCGUACUUUUCAUUUUUUCCCCCCCUUCUUUCACAAGCUAGAAUCAUGAGGCCCCGAUCCCUUUUUUCCACUCCCACAUACUCAGCCAGUGAUUCAGGUCUGCCUGAGAAUGACAUCAUGACCAUUGGGUGAUAUAAAGAGAUCCAGGAGAUAGUGUGUGUCAGUAUUCAAGAGAUAAAGAGACAGCAGCAAAUAAAGACAGGACCUUCAGAUAAACUCCACAGGUAGUUGAAAAGCUCAAAACAACACCUGGAUUAAGAGAUCACUAAUUCACAAGUGUAACAGUGCAUCAUAUACACCAACAAGAUGUCUCCUUCCCGUCAGUUCCUUCUGCAUCUAUGUCUGACCAUUAUAGGGGUCAUGGCUUUUCCCACUGAGAGUGAUGGUAGGAACCAGACUGCAGACAAUUCUACUGGACUUUGGGAUCCCAAAACAAGCUCCUUUGCCACCAUUAUCCCAACAGAGCAGCCCAGCCAACCUUCAGUUCGCCAGCUGCCUGAAAUAACACGGAGUCGCAAAACAACACCAGAUAAGAUUCUGUAUGUUACUGGUGGAAUUGGAGAGGAUUAUGAUUAUUAUGAUGAUGAUGAAGAUGACAGUGUAGAAGAGGCGACAUUUGCACCUCCUCGUGUCUCUGUCAUACCCUGUCCUUAUAACCGAUGCAAACACCUGGAGUUACCAUGCGAAGAAAUACAGAUGAGGGCAGGGGGUAAUUGCCUUUGUCCUGGAUUAAGUGGACGCUCAAUUAAGCCCGACUCUCCCCGUCUGCUGCAAGUCAUUCCUGGAGAUCAAGGAGCUAGUGUGAACUGGUGUUCUCCACUGUCCACAGUGCAAGGCUACAGGGUGGUGUAUAAAACUAGUGAUGGCCCUAUGGAGAUAGGGCCAAUUCUCAAUUCCACCUAUCGUUUCUAUUCCAUAAACAAUCUCUUGCCUGAUAUGUCCUACAGAGUGUGUGUGGUGGCAUUUAACGAAGCUGGUGAAAGUCCAGUAGGAGAAAGUGAAGAAGAGGAACAAGAAAGAUUAAAGUAUGGCACAAUGGGUCCUUGCAUGGUAUUCCACACCUCUGGCAAAUGGGAAUCAAAGAUUUAUCUAGGGAUAGGGGUUGGUCUAGCUCUGCUGGCUGGCGUUUUAGGUUUGAUUGUAUUUGUGUUUUGGUUGUGGAAGAAAAAGAGAGUAAGCAGCAGGAAAUUGACUGAUUCAGGUGAAAGAGGAAUCACAAACAUGUCAUUCAAAGCAGAUAGUGUAGAACAGUUAUGAUAGAAGUGCUAAAGAACAGUUUAUGCAUCCAGAGUGUGUGAUGUAUGUACAUAUGUAAAGUGAUGUUAAUUAUCUAAUGUCUGAAUCAAAAAGUGUUUUAUCUUAAUUUAUU